CUGAUUGGAGAAGCUGACCGACAGAGAGGAGGGGUGGAGGGGCUGGAAGUGAAACUGUCAGUGAUAGAGGGACCCUGCAUCAGCUGUUAGCUGUCGAUCCUCCCUAUCAUCAUCAUCAUCAUCAGCUGAUCACAUCCACCGAGCAGCAGCAGCAGCAGCGGAGUAAACAAGCCAGGAGCUCUGCAGCAGCAUGAACUCCCUCCCAGGAAGAGCCGCACUCUCUCUGUGCAGGCGCGCAGCCGGAGCCGGGGCCGGCGGCGGCGGCGGCAUGAGGGUCUUCGCCGGUUCCCCGGGUCACCCUGCCGCUCUCCAGGCCGUGCGGGUCUGCCACUCCGGGGCUAACCGCAAGGGUAACGUGAGCACCAAGAAGCGGGGCUACGACAUCACUAGAAACCCACACCUGAACAAGGGAAUGGCGUUCACCCUGGAGGAGCGCUUACAGCUGGGCAUCCACGGCCUGCUGCCCCCCUGCUUCCUCUCCCAGGAUGUGCAAGUGCUGCGUGUCAUGAAGAGCUACGAAACGCGCACCAAUCCUCUGGACAAGUACAUCCUCCUGAUGACGCUGCAGGACAGGAACGAGAAGCUGUUCUACCGUUUGCUGACCUCUGACAUCGAGGAGUUCAUGCCCAUCGUGUACACUCCCACCGUGGGCCUGGCCUGCCAGCAGUAUGGGCUGGCCUUCAGGAGACCACGAGGACUCUUCAUCACCAUCCAUGAUAAAGGCCACAUUGCCACCCUGCUCAACUCCUGGCCUGAAGAAGACAUAAAGGCCAUCGUGGUGACGGACGGGGAGCGUAUCCUCGGCCUGGGUGACCUGGGAUCCUACGGUAUGGGCAUACCUGUGGGGAAGCUGGCGCUCUACACAGCCUGCGGUGGAGUUCGGCCGCAGCAGUGUCUCCCCGUGCUGCUGGACGUCGGCACAGACAACCAGGCGCUGCUCGAUGACCCGCUGUACAUCGGACUGAAGCACAAGAGAAUCAGAGGAAAGGAGUACGACGAGCUGAUCGACGAGUUCAUGCAGGCGGUGACGGACAAGUACGGGAUGAACUGUCUGAUACAGUUUGAGGAUUUCGCCAACAGCAACGCCUUUCGCAUCCUCAACAAAUACAGGAAUCGAUACUGUACCUUCAACGACGACAUCCAAGGCACGGCCUCAGUCGCUGUUGCCGGUGUCUUAGCUGCUCUGAAGAUCACGAAAAACAAACUCUCAGACCACACCUUUGUUUUCCAGGGUGCAGGCGAGGCGGCUCUGGGCAUCGCUCACCUGCUUAUAAUGGCCAUGGCCAAAGAGGGACUGAGUAAAGCUGAAGCUGCAAAGAGAAUCUGGAUGGUGGACUCCAGAGGUCUCAUUGUAAAGGGAAGAAGCCAUCUCAACCACGAGAAGGAGGAGUUUGCUCACGAGCACCCGCACAUAAAGACGCUGGAGGAGGUGGUGCACGUCAUGAAACCCACCGCGAUCAUAGGAGUCGCUGCUAUCGCCGGAGCGUUCACCGAGAAGAUCAUCAAAGACAUGGCGUCCUUCAAUGAGAGGCCAAUCAUCUUUGCCCUGAGUAACCCCACCAGCAAGGCGGAGUGCACGGCGGAGCAGUGCUACAAGCUCACAGAGGGCCGUGGCAUCUUUGCCAGUGGAAGUCCGUUUACCAAGGUGACGCUGGCCGACGGACGCACCUUCUACCCCGGCCAGGGAAACAACGCCUACGUCUUCCCUGGAGUCGCUCUGGGUGUCAUAGCGUGUGGAGUGCGCCACAUAUCUGACGAUGUCUUCCUCACCACAGCAGAGGCGAUCGCUGACAUGGUGACAGAGGAGCACCUGGCUGAGGGGAGACUCUAUCCCCCCCUCAGCACCAUCAGAGAGGUGUCCUUCAGGAUCGCAGUGAAGCUCGUCAACUAUGCAUACAAAAACAACAUCGCUUCUCUGUACCCGGAGCCGAAAGACAAGGAGGCGUUUGUGCUGUCUCACAUCUACAGUCCCGAUUACGAUGACUUCACUCUGGACACGUACAGCUGGCCACAAGAGGCCAUGAACGUCCAGGACGUCUGAUCCCCGUCUGUCUCUCUCUCUCUAAACGUGACAUGCUGCCGCAGCGUCGAUGAUUCUCGCCUUUUUUAGCUUCUUUUCUUUUCUUUAUAAAUAUUAGUUAGUCUCUCCUUCAGAUGGUCAUUUUUUAAAAUUUAGAUGCCAAACAAACGGUCGUUGUUUCAAGUGUUUCUCCUCUUUCAGUGCUGUACUUCUUAUCAGUGUACGUUUUAUCAGUUCUCUGUACCCGAAUGAAGGUUUGACUGCACAACAGCAUAUCAGAUAUGAAGAGCAUGAUCUGUAAUAACUUAAAUAUAAUUCAAACUACACUCCUGUGACUAGAUUUUCCAACUAAGACGAAGUGUUCAGCGCUUUCUGAGAGAUGAAUCUGAGCUGGUGCAUUUAAAAAACGCACAACGCACAAUGCUUUCUCUUGUCGUGGCACAAAUGAUCAGAGGACUCAUUUUGAAAGCUAAAAAAUAAAUGAACGGGGAAACUGUCAGUGCCUCUUUCUGUGUGACCUCAGGACAUCACUGCUCCCAUAUUAUGAGUUAAAACCUCGUCCUUGUCACUGUAGCUUCAUAUUUUACUCUCCUGUCUUGUUGUUUUAGCCUUCACACUCCAGAAAUCAGCCUGCACUCUCUCCGUCUCUGUCGCUGCUGCCCUGUGUGAGUCCUCAAAGAUUUUAGUGUCACCACAAGGUUGAUUUUUAUAAACGAUGGCUGUGUUUUCCUUUUAGUUUUGUAAAGAGCUCUCUUGCCUGUUGUCGUAUUUUUGCCAAAGUUACUGAUGAACUGUAUCGUAUCUUUCACUCCUAGGGAACGUGAUGCUCUGCAAAGUUUAGUACGGACAGAUAUGCGUGAAGUUUUUUUGAAGGGAACAUGAAACUUUUUAAAUAAAAUCGAUAAAUAAUCAA